UUCUAUCGAAAGUCGAAUUCUUCAGUUACCUUAAUAGAGCCUGAACUGCGGCUGGUGCUAAAAAUGGAAAAGUAAAACCUGAAUUUGACAAAACAAUUCAUUAGUUUGACAUCAUAAUGAGUAAUAUAUACAUCCAAGAGCCACCAACCAAUGGGAAGGUUCUCCUCAAGACAUCAUGUGGAGAGUUAGACAUAGAGCUGUGGUCCAAAGAGGCACCCAAGGCAUGCAGGAACUUUGUCCAGCUCUGCAUGGAAGGCUACUACGAUGGCACCAUCUUCCAUCGCAUCAUCAGGAACUUCAUGGCGCAAGGAGGGGACCCCACAGGAACGGGUGAAGGGGGAGAGUCCAUCUACGGCCAUCCAUUCAGGGAUGAAUUUCACUCCAGAUUAAGAUUUGUGAGGAGAGGUCUUGUUGCCAUGGCAAAUGCUGGACCACAUGACAAUGGUAGUCAAUUUUUCAUCACUCUUGGUCCUUGUGUGCAUCUCCAAGGAAAACACACCAUAUUUGGAAAGAUUGCAGGCAAUACGAUAUACAAUGCAGUGAAGCUUGGUGAAGUGGACAUUGGAGCGGACGAUAGACCGGUUUAUCCUCCCAAGAUAAAAGCCACUCAGGUCCUUGCUAAUCCAUUUGAUGACAUCAUACCCCGGCAGCUGAAGAAGAGACAUGAGAAGGAAGAAAAGAAGUCAAAAAGCAAAUCGAAGGCCACAAAAAACUUCAGCCUUCUUUCGUUCGGGGAAGAGGCAGAAGAGGAUGAAGAGGAAACCGUGGUAGCCAGUCAAUCGAUGAAGAACAAAAGCAAGAGCAUGCAUGACUUGGUGAAGGAUCCCAAUCUGAGCUCAGUCCCAGCAGUCGAGAUAGAAAGAGAAGAGAAAUCAUCUCCAGAGGAGAGAUUGCAUCCCAAGCAUCUAGAAUCCGAUGAUGAAGGUGAUGAAGAGGAGGAGGAGGAGAGAGAAGAGCAUGAGAGAAGGAGACGGGAUAAGAAGAAAGAAGCAAAUGACAAGAAGAAGGAAAUGACUGACAAGAUUCGCUCGAAACUCACAAAGGAGAAAAAGAAGCCGGAGGAUAUGGUCAAGGAGCCGCCGACAGAGGAGAAACCAUUAUCAAGAAAGGAAGAACUGCAAGAAGAAUCAAGAAAGCUGAAGGAAGAGUUACGAGAUAGUAGAAAAAGAAAACAAAAGCAGGAAUCCAAUCAAGAACAGGCUGAAAUAAAGAGAGAUGAACCAAAGAAAGAUGAAAUGUCAGGCAAGGGAGAUGAACUGGAUGAGUUUCAUGCCCAGAAGAAAAAGUUCAAAGCGAUGAGAAAGUCGAUGGCCAAGAAGGGCUCUAGUAGGGAAGAACAGACAUUGGCAUUGUUGGCCAAGUUCCAGAACAAACUGCAUUCAGCCAUCUUGAGUAAGAAACCGGAACCAGAGAAGGAAGAAGAAGAAGAGAAGGAGGAAGGAGAAUACAGGGAAGGGGAAGAAGAGAUGAAGGAGGAAGGAGAGGAAGAGGAAGGAGAUGAUUGGUUGGUCCACAGUCUGCAGUUUGAUUCGCAUGAAAACAAGGUGAAAGACGCCAACGUCAAGGACUCUGAUACCUUCACCAUCUUUGAUCCAAGAAACCCGAUGAACAAACGAAGGAGAGAGGAUAGUAAACAGAAGAAGAAAGACAGAAGAUGAUAGUGAAAAGGAGAUACAGGAGUGGUAUCACAUCAUGUCUUUGUUGCAAUAUUCAGCAAAGAUGAUAAUUCAUUCAUAUGCAUGAAAACAAGGUGAAAGACGCCAAGGUCAAGGACUCCGAUACGUUCACCAUCUUUUAUCCCAGCAAACCUAAUGAGAGAAGGUCAAAUGAUAGUAAGGAGAAAGACAGGAGAUGAUAAGGAAAAGAAGAAACUAGAGUGGAAAAACUUUCAAGUUGCUUCUCGUCCUACAUUUGCAUGAAGAUUCAAAGAAUAUCCUGAAACUUCUGUCAUCUUUGAUUAAAGGAACCCAUGAAAUCAAAUGAAUAGAGAAGAUAUUAAGCAGAGAAAGAGAAGUUGAUAGUAAAAAAAAUGAAUUGAAGAUUAAAUUAACUAUCAAGAUAUUUUGUAUCAUGCAUUUGCUGCAACCAUUCAUGAAAUACGCUGAAACAUUUCAUCAUAUUUGAUCGAAGGAGAGAUAGAAGUAUAGGGUGAUAAUAGAAAGAGGAUAUGAAGGUUGAAGAAACAAUCCAGUUGUUUCACACUAGGUGGUUUCAGACCGCCUCAAAGUUCGUCAGUUCCAGGUAUUUUCUGAUCGGGAAAUCUGCCCCGAUCAGAAAAUACCAGGUAAUAUU